CACUCUCUGUUGGUUUCCUCUUCUACUUGUGAUUUUUAUUCAUAAAAAAGAAAAAGGAACCUCAGACAAGACUGUAGAAGGAAAUUAAUGGUGAUGAGGAAUGAAGUAUUUCCCUUCUUGAAACCAGAGGUACUACUCAAUAUGAAUAACACCAUUCAAAAGUUUAAAUUAAUUACUACUACCCAUGAAUCUCAGCAACAACAACAACCACUUUCAUCUUUCUACUAUCAUUAUCAUGAUGGUGAUGAUACUAAUAUUGAUUCAGUGCUGUUUGGAAACACCCAUCAUCAGUUUUCUACUUCAUCAUCAGCAUCACAGUUUUAUAACUCCUGCUUUCCAAAUAGUUACACUGCAAAUGCAAAUCCAUGCAAAGCCUUAGAUCCUCUGCCACACAAUGCUGAUGCUAACCAAUCUUUACUUCUUGAUGGAAUUGCUGCUGUUGUUGGAAAAGACAUUCUCUUUGGCAACCCCAAAGAUACUGCUAACACGGGUAAUAUCAAAAUCAACAACUCUACUGGUGGAAGUAGUAUUAAUGCAGUUGACGGAAAACAGGAUUGUAACCUGUUAGGUGUAAGCAACACUGGUUCUACCAUUCAGAAGCCGAGCUACAGAGGAGUUAGAAAGAGACCAUGGGGAAGGUGGUCAGCUGAGAUACGCGAUCGUAUAGGUAAGUGCAGACACUGGUUGGGUACUUUCGACACAGCUGAAGAAGCAGCUCGAGCUUAUGACUCCGCCGCUAGACGGUUAAGGGGAUCUAAAGCUAAAACAAAUUUCUCAAUUCCUUCUACUUAUAUACCUAUACCUGUCCCAUCUCCAUCUCCAUCCUCUUCUUCUACUUCUACUUCUUCUUCAUCUUAUUCUUCUUUUUCAUCUUUAGAUAAGGAGAAGACUUACAAGAAAAUGAUGAGUUCUGGUGGACGAAAUAGUAACCAUAACAGGGCCAGAAUUACUAGGACUUGUUCAGUUGUUACUUCUGCUGCUCAUCUUUUUAGUAAUCAGCAACCUAAACCAAAUAAGCUGAUGAAACUUGGUGGUGGUUUAUCUCUUAUCCAGAACACCAACCAGUACCAAAUGUAAAGAACAAAAGGUAUAGUAUGUGACUGUGUGGUUUUGGUUUAGUAUUUUUUUUUUGGUUUUUUGGCUUUUUUGUCAUGUAUAUAGGUGCUCAGAAGCCUAGUGCUUUCUGGCUUUUGCUUAAUGUAAAGAACAAAAGGUGUAUGUGACUGUA